AUGCUCCGGACUCCUGCAGCAACCACAAAUUCGCCAGAAAUAACAAUUUUACGCACCGUGCGUGAAACAUGCGGAGAUUGCAGUGAGUUUUCCACAUUUUUUUCAAAAAUAUUUUAAAAAAUGUAUUUUUUCAGACAGCCACGUGGCAGAAUCUCAAUUAUCAUUGCUUGGAUGUGGUCAUUCGGUCUGUCAUAAUUGCAUAAAUAUCAGGUAAAUUUCUCCCGCGAAAAAUUUUGAAUUUAAAUUUCAAAUUUCAAAUUUUUCGCAGAGCUCGCGCAGGUUUGCUUCUCUGUGAUAUUUGUGUGUUGCGGCCGAAAGUUGAGAAAAAUCGAUAUAAAUGUUCGGAAGAGAAUUGCGAAUCAAUGGAUAUUAAGCAAAAGUUGGUUGAAAUUUUGAAAGCUCAAUGAAAAUCUGGUUUAAAUUUGAUUUCAGCCUGAACAUUUGCUCAACUUGCACGCCAUCAAAAACCUUGGAAGGUUUCGAUCAACUUUUUGCCGCAGCAAUUUGCUCAACUUGCGCAAUGCGAAAACAUUUGAAAAAUUCGCACGAAAUUAUUGAUUUCUGUGCGGUUUAUGCGAAAUUCCAAAGUUUUUCAAUGCGAAAAAUUUUGGAGGAAAAAACCGAUGAAAAUUUGCAAAUUUGCAAUGUUGAUUUCGAUAAUUUUGAAGAUCUCAAAAAUCGCGAACGUCGUGUGAGUUUUGAAGACUAAUAUGAGCAAUACCUGAAAUUUUUUCAGCUCCUCGAGAAAUGCGUGGAAAAUCUGGAAAACUGCGAAUGCCCCACACAACAGCAGAAUUUCUUCUUGAAAAUGGAGGAAUUUUUCGAAAGCGUAGGUUCCCCCAGUCUAUAAAAUCUUUAAAAAAAACAAAUUUUCAGUCGCGAAUUGCGCGAACUCGAAUGCAUCAAGUUAUGUCGAAGGCGAAUGAGAAGAUCUCGCAGAAUAUCCACAAGUUUUGGCGGGAAAAUUUCCAGGAAGGCGCUUGA